CUAUCUGUCUCUAUUUCGAAAUCCCUAACUCUACACAAUGGAAGAAAUACUUAUUUCCGAACAAUCCAAACCCCUCUUUCAAAGCCUCAGAGACGGUGAUGUAUUAGAAGUGGUGAAAGCUUAUGCAAAAGCUACUACUCUUGAUGCAAGAUUAAAGCUAAUUCCAACAGUGCACGACGACACAAUCCUCCAUGUGGCGAUUUACAUGGGGCAAGAAAGCAUCGCAAUAGGAAUCAUCGAAAUAAGCAGGCAUAAUGACGAGCUAAUUAAAAAACGCAAUGCGUUUGGAAACACAGCUCUUCAUGAGGCUGCAGCAGCUGAUUUUGUACGUGUUGUGGAGAAGUUGUUGGAAAAGGCACCGGCAUUGCUGUCCAUUCCAAACAAGAAAGGGGAAAUGCCUCUCUAUACAGCAGCUCACUUUGGCCAGAAAAAAAUUUUCAUUUUGCUGGCUGAAAAACUAAAAAACAAUCAUUGUGAUCUUCGUCCUCAUUUCUGCUCCCUAUCUCCUUCCUACAAGUCUGUUGAAGAACUUGACGAGCACUCCUACGGCCCUGAACACAUACGCAGUACCAUUCUUCAUGCUGCAAUACAUGCCGAGUUCUUUGAGCUUGCACUUUUGAUAGCUAGAAAGCCGGAGUAUGCGAAGAUUGUUCGACUAAAAGACAAAAAUUUGAAGACGCCUCUUCAGCUCCUCUCAUCCAAUUCUUCAGCAUUCGAGAGUGGAAUGAAAUGUGGAUUGAUCAAGAGGUUCAUUCACAACUGUGCUCCAUAUGAAGAUGCUCAUGAACAAAAUUCCAAUGAUGAUAGUCAUGUUCAAAGUUCCGAAAGAUCAUCAGCUACUCUGUUUCUAAGGCGAGUCUUCUCUUCAGUUAAUAGAUCGGUUUGGAUUGUUCUUCGAGCAUGGAGUGCGAUGAGGAGCAUCUACGACGAAAAGAAGAGGCAUGGAUUGGCUUUAGAACUAGCCACGCUUCUAAUUGCAGCAGACUUUUCAUGGGACAUCACACGACUAGCAUUAAAUGAAAGUAUGAUGCAGACUGCUGUGGGACUCCCAUUCCCAGAUUCCGAAGACUCAGGUGGUUUCAGUAUCACUAGCACUGAAGACCCCUCCGCUCCAUUCCUGGAAAAGAGUAAUCCACCAGCUAUCCCAUUGCACAUUGCAACAGAGCAUGGAAUAUUAGAAAUUGUGAAGGAGACUCUUAGAGUCCACCCUGCGGCAUACGAGUAUAGAAAUACCAAGGGACAAAACAUACUGCACCUGUCCAUUAUGCACCGUCAGCGGGACAUCUUUGAUCUUGUAAUGAAGAAGGAGACACCUAAGUCGAGGUUGCAACGACAACUCGAUAUUAAUGACUUCACAGUAUUGCACCAAGUUGGCAACAUAGAGCAUUACAAUGGAGGUACCCAGCCUGGUCCUGCACUCCAAUUGCAAGAAGAGCUAGAGUGGUUCGAGAAGGUGGAGGGGUUAAUCCCACUACAUUAUGAAAAAUUCAGUGCUUGUGAGGCAGGCAAAGACACCACCCUACAGUCCUUUCAUAAAAGAUAUGUAGAGAUUCUCAAGGACUUGUCUGAGAACAUUGAAGUGGAUAAGAUAAUAACACCCGAUUCUCACAAGGAAGAAAAGAAAAAGGAGACCCCCAUAGAGUACUUUCGUCGCACACAUGAUCCGCUUCUCCAGAGCGCACAAGAAUGGCUGAAGCGGACCUCCGAGUCGUGCUCGACGGUGGCCGGACUAAUGGCCACCGUCGCCUUCGCAGCCGCCUUCACCCUCCCCGGAGGCAACGACGAGAACAGCGGCACUCCACGCCUUCUUCACAGCCCUUUCUUCUUAGUCUUCAUCAUUACCGACGCUCUCUCCCUAGCCAGCUCGCUGACAUCACUCGUCAUGUUCCUCUCGAUCCUGACAUCACCGUUCGAGAUGGACGACUUCCGCCACUCUCUCCCUCGGAAGCUGAUCCUCGGCUUCACCUUCCUCUUCAUCUCGGUGGCGGUGACCAUGCUGGCCUUUGCGUCCACACUGAUGCUGACAAUUCCGAUGAAGAAGAGAGUGACCAAAAGUUUUGUGUACUGCGUUGCGUUUCUUCCCGUCACCAUGUUUGCACUGUUGCAAUUCCCGUUGUUGUUGGCCUUCAAAAAGAGUCUCAAGUACCCAGUCAUGGCCAUGAAAAGAGUAUGGCGGCUUCUUAUCUCUGCUUCUAUCUUGAAAAGCGACAAGACCCAAUAGCACAUAUAGGUGGUGUUUGUUACGUGGGACUAUUAUCCCCCACCUUAUUUCCUAUAAUAGUCUAGGACUCUUCUAACCUGGGAUAUGCUAUGUUAAUACAUGACCCAUGUUUGGUACUGCUUAGGACUAAAGAGCAGAAUAGUCAAAAUAGUCCUAUCUCAUGUUUGUUUGUGUAUUGGACUAAAAGUUGGUAAUUUGUAGAGACAUGAACAAUUUUAUGAGUUUGUGAGAAGAAAG